UAUUAUUUUCAGACACAGAAAAUGAAGAGAAGGAGAAAUGCUUGGUCGGAAAGUGCCGAGAGGCACUUUUUGGAAAUAUGGGAGGAAAGACUGCCACAAUUACGGGGCGCCCGACGGAACGCACAUAUUUUCAAUGAGAUGGCCACAGAACUUCAGAAUAGGGGUUUUCUGGUCACUUCGCUAGAAGUGCAAACGAAGGUCCACAACUUUACACAAAGAUUUAGGAAAGAACAGCAGUGUGUUGGAGUUUCGGGAGGGGCGCCAUCCGAUUGGAAGUACUUCCAUAUAUUGAAAAGAUUUUUAGGCAAUUUGCCCAUACAUAACACUACAAAUUUAGUGUUUGAAAGUAUUGCAGGUGAGUUUUCACAAAUUUGUUUAAGUUUUUCAAAAUAAUGAAUGUGUUUAUUUAUCAGACCAGGCACCAUCAUCAAAUGAUACAUCGUUGCUGUCGCCAUGCUCUUCUCCGCCGAUAGAUCCAAUAUCUACGUCGGAAGAUUCUGAAACACCUGCAAAAAAAAAAAUAAAGGCAAUUUGAAUGACACCCUUUUGGAAAAAUUUCAGAAUCUGAUAGAUGUAGAGAACCGUCACAUCGAGCUGCAGGAACGCACAGACGCAAGGUUCCUGAAUUUAAUGGAAGAAAGCAAUGUUGCUUUAUCCCGUAUCGCGUCAUCAAUGGAAAGAGGUUUUCCAUAUACUCGGCUCACUGGUUACGAUGACUCCAGCGAUGAAUAGCGAUAAUUAUUUAUUAAUAAUAUAACAUAAUUUAUAAUUAUUGUUAUCAUUAUACUAUUAUAAUUUAGAUUAAGUUACAUUUUUUUUUUUUAUAAAUAUAUAGGAUAAUUAGAUUAAG